GUCUACAGUCUCUUUAAUAUACUUGUUUCAGGACUGUAGUUGGUGGUGAUGGACGAAUAAGAAGAGAAAUGAGAUUUAGAACUCCAUCAAGUUCUAGGGUUGAGGGAGAUGCCAUGGGGCAAGCACAGACAGGUUCAGGAGCCAGUGACCGGCCCGGCUUCAGGAGACAAACUUCAGAACCUAAUGGUCAUCCUUCAUCGCUACCUUCAGGUCGGGCAAGAGCUGGAACUGCCGCCUCUACCCAGGGGCGAACUCCUGAACGUGUUGGAGCAAGGGAGAGAGAACGAGGGCGCGGAGAACAAAAGGAUCGAGGUGAACCCGACGGAGAGGUGACCUUGAAGGAAAACGGCGCGGCUAAACCAGCGGCAACUGGAAAAUCGUCGACGAGAAGUAAACUUCAGGUGGUCGAGAAGGAAACGGAAAGGGCUGGAUAUCAGAAACCAACUCAGUCGAGUAGUAGAAGAAGUGGUAAAGAAGAGACGGGAUCUAAAGCCCGCCAAACAUCCCGCCGUGGUGGUGAGGGACGGAAGAAUGGCGAGGGCGGGAGGAAGGAUGGUGAAGGAUCCUCCUCCAGGCUUGUCCAGUGUCCUCUUUGUGGAAGAAACUUUGCCAAAUCUGUGAUAGAAAGUCAUGCCUCCCGAUGUGAAGGAUGUUACACACCAGACAAAGACGACACAAAAACCGAAGUUGAAUGCCCUGUUUGCCGUGAAUCUUUUCCGCAGGAAAUUGUGGAAAGACACGCGGCGCGCUGCGUGGAAGUGUAUGUCUAAUGUCGACUUCAUAAUACAACCAUUGAUAUGAGUGUAACUAACAAAAGAGUCCUGGCGAUUCAAGCAAAAAUAACCUCUUAAAAUUAUAGUUAAAUAUGAUUUUGUUACAAUUACAAGGCUUCUUGCCGGUUCAAUUCUAAAUUAUAGUGCUAGAGAAAAAGUGCAUAGAAUAGAGAACUAUUUUCAGGUGCAAUGUAGAAUAAAACGGUCUUCUUAGAAGUUAUACUAAAACUA